AUGCCGUCAAAAGGAAAAUGUCCGUUCACAGAGUUGAAUUUUUUAAAUAAAACAGAUAACGUUGGAGAUAAUUAUGAUAAUGGGGUGAAUAGAGAAAAUGACGAAUCCAAAGAUGAAAACGUAAUGAACCAAUGGAUCAAUGGAUCACAAUUUUCCAUACAUUCUGCUCCGAUAUCGGAAACAUACAAUCGUAAUUUGAUUAAUUGUGAUCAGAAAAUAUUAUCAUCAUCUCAACUAUCACUUCCGAUCGAAGGUAAUAAUUACAAGAGUUUGUCAUUGGAUGGUGAAAUAUGCGUGUCGUCUAUAGAAAAUAAGAAAAACGUCGAUGACGGUUGUUGCGACGCAUUGCAAAAUGAAGAAAUCGUAGAAAAGGAUAAUGAUGAUGUUGUUGUUGUUGUUGAAUCCCUGGUACGUCCCUGUUCUCUUAUUAUUCCAUCGAGUGCAGGAAAAACAUUAAAUUUAACAGCCGUUGCUAACGAGGCACAACUUCGACAGUGUCCUAUAUUGGUUAAGGAUUUAAGCUGCGACACGGCGGAUGAUGAAGAUAAUGAAAAUCAUUUGACGAUAUCGAGUCUCACAGCGAGGCCCCUCAUAGCUAAAUCACACGAAUUAAAAACUAAAAAAGUUGCUAAAAAAGUUAGAGAAGCUGAAAGGAGAGCGAGAAUCAGAAGGUUUAAACCACCCGAUGGCGGUUAUGGUUGGGCCGUUGUUGUUGGUGCCUUUCUCGUACAAUUUUGGGUAUCAGGAUUGGUUAAAUCUUACGGCGUGUUAUUCGUUGAAGUUUUGGAAACGUUUACGGAUACAAGUGCAACCGUAGCCGCUUGGAUACCAGCUAUACUAUCGACUCUUUGCCUUGCAUUAGCUCCCAUUGCAAGUGCACUGUGUCAAAAAUUCACCUGUCGUUUGGUUGUAUUUUUGGGUGGAUUAUUUUGUGCUGCCGGCCUUAUAUCAAGUUAUUUUGCAACAAGUUCUUCUCAUUUACUAUUCAGUUUUGGAUUGUUAAGUGGCAUAGGAGGCGGAUUGUCUACAACACCUGGCGUUCUCAUAGUUUCCAGAUAUUUCGAUAAGCAUAGAGCGUUGGCAAAUGGAAUUUGCAUAUCCGGUACGGCAGCCGGAAGAUACCUUCGAGACAUAACCGGAAGUUACGAAAUAUGUUUUUAUUUUAUGGGAACUUGCAUGGUUUUGGGGGGUAUCGUUUUUAUGUUGGAACCAAUUGCAGUAGACUGUAAAUUUAUAAAUAGUAGUAGUAGUAGUGUACCUAAAAUAAAUUUACCAGAACAGUCAAAUUCAAAAGACUAA